AUGUGUUUUUUCCUCCUCUCCUCUCCAGUUCCCCAGCUGUCUCACAGGUGUGCCCUCACGCUGCCCUGCUGUGCAGAAGCUGGUGGGGCCACCUGUGCCAAAGCCCCCCAGGUCACAGGGGUCACAGUUCAGCUGGAGAUGCACACGCUGUGGCAACAGUUUGACCAGCUGGGCACAGAGAUGAUCGUCACCAAGGCUGGGAGGAGGAUGUUCCCUACCUUCCAGGUGAGUAUCUCAGGGAUGGACCCUGCAGCGGAGUAUGUGCUGCUCAUGGACUUCAUCCCUGUGGAUGACAAGAGAUACAGAUAUGCGUUCCACAGCUCCUCGUGGCUGGUGGCAGGCCGGGCCGACGUGGCGGCCCCGGGGAGGAUGCACUUCCACCCUGACUCCCCCGCCAGAGGCUCCCAGUGGAUGAAACAGAUGGUCUCCUUCGACGCACUCAAACUGACCAACAACCUGCUAGAUGACAAUGGACAUAUGAUCUUGAACUCCAUGCAUCGUUACCAGCCUCGAUUCCAUGUGGUGUAUGUGGACCCACGGCGGGAUAGCCAGCUUCAUGCCCACCGCAACUUCUGCACCUUCUCCUUCCUGGAAACACGCUUCAUAGCGGUCACUGCCUACCAGAACCACAGGAUCACCCAGUUGAAGAUAGCCAGUAACCCGUUUGCCAAGGGCUUCCGAACUACUGAUCCUGACGCCUGGGUGGGCAGUGCCAGGCCCCUGCGUCACUCUCUGCCCACCUGGCAGCCACAGGAGGGCAGCCACGAGCCUGACAGUAUGUCGGGAGAGCAGCGAGCACAGAACUUAAAGAGUCUAUCAAGAUUAGAGGAUUAA